GUCCGAUCCAACGUAGUCACUGCACUCCGUCCAAUACAGUACCGCAGCCCACAUUAUGCCUACUCAAGCCUGGUUUGAACCAAAGAUCGCGCCUACAGCGCACGCGUUGGACAUAGGUGAUGGCUGCCACCCAGAUGAAGCCAAAGCUCUCGGCGACUAUCUGAAUGGCAACACGAACCCCGAAGAAGCUGCCAAGCGAUUCACAGCACCCGUACUCGCAGACGCAAAUCCCCCAAAGCGACUCUAUCGCAUUUGGGCACUACUCAGCGAAGCUCUAGUAGAGCUCACCGAAGAAGAGCGUCACAUGACAUUCGACCUCAUGUCUGCAAUUCAGGCACUUCCGCCAUCAUCUGGGGUUGACUGGGCGGAACUGACGGGGUUCGGCGCCAUGUGGUAUGAUUUGUACAAAAGCCACUUACACGGUCCGCAUCGAUGGGAGAGGCAAUACGAAGUCUUAUCCGAAGAGGAGAAACGCGAGUUUCGCCAGGAUUACAAUACCGUGGGUACAGCGGAGGCGGAAAUGUUCGUUCGAGGCUUCCCAACAGUGGGGGAGUAUUCAGGAUUCAAGGUCCUCAACCUGCUUUGCUCACCGCUGCCCCGUGCUCUCAACAUUUUCGUCAGUCACAUGCACCCCUGGCUUCGUAUCGCGGGGCCACAGUUGAAGGCGAAGGUCGACUGGUCGCAGACGGAAAAGCCUGCUGAGUGUUGGGAACGGCGGAUUGAUGGCAAGACGACAGCGUUUGACUGGGAAACCUGGAAGGAAGAGCUGUUGAAGCUUAGCAAAGACGGAAGCGGCCUUUCGGAGGAAGGUAGAAAAGUGGCUGCGGAGUGUUAUGAGCUGAUGUGAUCGGUCAUCUUACGAGUCCCCCAGUCAUCAAUCCAGCCUCGAAUUGCAGUUUCUGUUGCCAAGCUGGCGCUUCAUGGUCUGCUGUUGUAGAUGGUGGACUCGCGAUCGGCAGUAAUGAUCACCUGUGGCUUCUACAGCUGGCAACAUCCCAAUCCAGUUCAUGGGUCGCA